ACUACAGUCUACACUUUCCUCUGCUUGAGCUAACACACUCUUUACACUGAGCACAUUGACCUAUUUCCGCGGUGUUUCUUGAUUCAUAUCACGUGGGGUUCUGACAUUUCUGUAGUUUCUUUACUGUUCCUUUGUUUCAAGUUUUCUCUAACGGGUUAUCUUUUCCUCUCUCUCUUUUUUUUUCAAUCUAUUUGGUUUCUCAGGAAUUGAGUGGUUAUAAAAAAAUUGUGGCUUCAGCUUCAGGGACAAUAAAUUUGUUUGCUUUUCAAUCUUUCUCUUGUUGGGGCACUCGCAGUGCUUUUUGAAGGCUCUGCAAUGGUUCUUCUUUGUUAACCUUGUUCUCUGGUGAAGCUAUGAGAUUUGAAAUUCUGUUGCUGUUGAGAUACUAUUCCUGCAUCAAUUGAAGUGGGGUUGUUUGGUUUCUCUUGUAUUCUGAUCCUGGUGUGUGCUUGUGAUGGAGUCUUGGAUUUAUGUUUCAGAAGAAAAAGGGUAUGUUUCUAAUGAUGCACUUUCUCCUCCUAAUACGCUUGGGAGAAGCAAAGGUUCAUUCUUGGGUUGGGAACUGAAAACCCCAUGUAGUUUUUCCAAUGACAUGUUGGCCUUGGGUCAGCAAAACAUUGAGAAUCAAGGUUUUGAGGAAUUGGGUUUUCCUGGAAUGUUGGGGAAACAAUUCUCUGAUGAUCCUAGUGGUACUGUUCAUAGCAGAAAGAUGGAUAGUGGUGCUGACUGCAGAAUUUCUAAUCCUGUUGUGGCUGCCCCAAAUGCAUUUUCUGCAAGAGAGGACUUCAAUUCCAAGCUUUCAAACUCUCUGGGGGACUCUAAUUGUUGCAAUUCCCUCAUUGAUUUGAAACUGGGUCGAUUUAAUGAUCAUGGAGAUGCCAUGGAUCCAAUAUUUUCCAAGGGAACUCCCAUUUUGUCUUCAUCUGAGUCAUCGACACCGCCCAAGAGGGUAAGAGCUUCAGGGGUCCACUCUCAAACUACAUACUGCCAAGUCUAUGGCUGUAACAAGGAUCUGAGUGCUUGCAAAGACUACCACAAGAGGCACAAAGUUUGUGAGGUUCACUCCAAGACUUCCAAAGUUAUAGUGAACGGCAUUGAACAAAGGUUUUGUCAGCAAUGUAGUAGGUUUCAUUUGCUGGCUGAAUUUGAUGAUGGUAAGCGUAGCUGUCGUAAACGCCUUGCAGGCCAUAAUGAGAGGCGAAGAAAGCCACAAGUCAGUAUUCACUCUGGAAAAGCUGGGAGGUUGCUUCAGCCAUAUGGUGAUGGCAGAUUCCAGGGAACCAUGCUAACAUCAUCAUCUUUUAUCUGCCAAGAGAUACUCCCCAGCGGGGUCUUAUCUUUUGAGAAACAUGGAACAAGUGACUGGUGGAGACCUAUAAAAGCCGAAGAUAGCACUGGUUAUAGGCAUCUUUCUUCUAUUCCAACUACCAAUGGACAUCAUCAGUCAAGGUCUCUAUUUCCUUCAUAUAGUGAAAAACAAUUUCCCUUUCUUCAGGAAAAUGGUGCUACAUCUGCCACAGGAAAGAUCUUCUGUGAAAAUAAUAGUCAAUAUCCACCUGCCCUCACGUCGCAAUCAUUAUUCCAGAACACUUCCUCAGGAAGCGAAGACUUCAAUGUUUUUGAUACAGAAUCAACUGUUCAAGGAUUAUCGGGAAUUUCAGACUCUGGUUGUGCUCUCUCUCUUCUGUCAUCUCAAUCCCAGAACUCGUCAAGCCAAUCAUCAGGAAUUCCCAUGGCUCACCACUUGGUUAUUCCAAGCAGCCAUAGCCAUUACAGCAUGAAUCAGGUCUCUGAAAAGAUGAUAGGAUUAAGUUCACAGGGUUCUAGUGGAGUGUCGGAUAGGUUUCCAUCUGAAUUGAAUCCUGCAGAUGGAAGUCAUCUUAGUCCUAUACUGAUAUCAGACAAUAAUGAAAUUGUCAACUUUGGAAUGGCUGAUGGGAUUUUCCAAGGGUCAGAUUUUGUGAAUGUGAAAAAUCGUCUUUCUUAUGAAGAUGGCUCCACCAUUGACUUGCUUCAACUGUCAUCACAACUUCAGCGAGUUGAGCAUCAGAGACGAUCCUUGCACGUGAAGCAAGAAAAUGAUUCUUCCUGCUCUCUCCGGAUUACUUAAGAUGUGUUAAACAGGAAACAACUUGUGCUUGUGCAGCCUGUUGUGACAAACACCAAUGUCAAUCAUCUUAAACAAUGUAGAGCAGAGAGGAAGAAGGUUUCGAUGGUAUCUGCAUUACUCAUCUGCUACUAACUAGUUUAAAUAGUUUUCUUGUGUUGAUUCGGAUCAAGAAGCUGACCAACCAGUGGUUCGGACACAAUAGUCCCUCUCAGUCUGAUAUGUAAUAAACAAAAAGCCUGAGAUGUAUCAAAGUGUGCUCUUCAGGUUCAUGCCAUUAAUAUUUAUUAACUAAAACUGAGGAGUGAUGUUCAAUUUCGUGGAGGUCUAAAUGAAUGAA